CUAGGCAGUAGCUUCUGUAUUGUAUACGACUGUAUGUAGUCUAAUGAUGUAUCAUUUGCGCAAGCUCAGUUAUGCCUGAACUGGCCACACUGGCGGGUUGGCAUUUAAAUAUGUUCGAAAGUAACUGUUGAAUGUAAUUUCGCGUCUGGCUUGAACAGUUUUUGGCGCAAUUUAGUAAAACAAUUUGCAGACGAUAAGAAAUUAUUUGUUCAAAAGAUGGAUUCGGACAUAGAACAAAUUAAUAACGUUGUGCUGGAUGCUUGCCUUCCGUCGAGCAUAAACGAUUUGAAGAAUCCGACGGAGCAGUUUGUGGUCAACUUGAUCACUACAUUUCUAAGGAGAUUUCAUAUAGAUGUUGGCGCAAUUUAUAGACCAACAUUGGAGCAACAAGACAUAAUAUCAUACAAUGAGGAUACUGAAAUAAUUGGACUCUUAAAUUUGCAAGUUGCUAUGAUACAGAUAUGCGAGCGUAUAUAUAUAAAGGAGUUAUGUAUCACGGAUAUCAUCAGUCCAGGUUCAAAAAGGAUACGUAAGCAAGCAAAAUUCUUUGCUAAUUUUAUAUUGUACGCAACUACCAAACAGUCGGACAUAAAGGAUAAAGUUGAUAAAAUUAAAAACAGAGAAAAGAUAUUGCAAGACCUGAUAGACAGGAAGAAUGAAUUAUUUAAAAUUUCAAACGAUAAAGCGUUGCAUACGGCAAAGCAGUUAUCGUUGAAGAACCAAUAUAUUGCUGAGAUUCAGAAGCAACAAGCCAAGCUCGAGGCUAAUAACAACAAGUAUGCCACAUUAAUGGCAAAAAUGUCCGCGGAAGAAGAGAGGAAACAGCGAUUCUUGGAGCUUAGCGGAUCUUACAAGGCUCAAGCUUUAAAGAUGAGCAAAACUAUAGCAGAAUUGCAGUCAGAAAUUGUAAAGUCUCCCGAGAAGUAUAAAACGCGUUUCAAUGAAUUGGAAAAGCAACAGAGUUCUCGGGACAAACAACGUAAAACAAUGCAGGAAGCGUAUCAGGAUAAAAAGCAUUUAAUUGAACAACAAAGCGCUAUUCUUACUUUUAUUCAGAAACAAUUGGAUAAAUUUGGCGAGGUACCGGACACGAUCGAACGAUUAAAAAAAAUAACUGCGGAAAGAGAGAGUGGUAAGAAACAGAUUGAAAUGCUUAAAGCAGAUAUCAAGGAAUUUGAAAGAAGAUUAGAAGGCGAAAAAGAUGGGCGCAGAGAUAACGAAGUUGAUGAACUUCUUGCGCAAAACGAAGAACGUCUUAAUCCUUUACGUAAUUUAUGUACACAGUUGUUGAGUAAGAAAAAAUUGUGCCAAGAAGAAUUAAAAGAAGUACAAGUUCAAUAUAAUGAAGACUGCUUAAAAUUGAAGAAAAUACAAAGUGUAACGAAAAAAUUGGAAGAAGAGACAGUAACGUUUAAUAAAAAUUAUCAGGAUAUUUUGAAGAAUGAAAUGAUGACUGAAACAGCUUUGUGGGAUACAUGGGCAAACCACUAAACCGGAU